CUCUGGGGCUGCUCGCAUCAUCAGCACGAGACAAGGAGUUAAAGAGUCGAUUCAUUUAAUCAUACUCAGCAGAGAGCUCUUCUUCUCCUUCUUCUCCUUCUCCUUCUGAAGAGGAGCGGCUGCUGCAGGAUGGUUUCAGUAAUGAUUCUUUAAAAAUCCAUGUGGCUGAGGUUUACAGGACGUGAAUGAGUUUGUACCUGCAGCAGGAGAGACCGAAACUGACCGCGAAGUUCAGGAGCCAAACGACCAUCACGGCGUCGGCCAGGUGACACAAAUCAAAAUGAGAACAAAGAGCAGAACCCAGAGCGGCGAGCAGAACUCGUCCACUGGGUGGUGAACACGUUGGCCUCUGGAGCCGCGAAAUUUUCAGGAGAUGAAGGUCAGAGAGACGAGCUGAGAAAGGUCACAUCAUCUUCAUCGUCUUCACCGUCCACGCCAUCCGCUCGCCUCCAACAAACAGGAAGUCAGCUGCUGUUUGUGUGAGAAAAACAAAAUCAGCUGCAUCUGAACACUCCUGACCUGAAAUAAUCUGCUGCUAAUGGAUCCUAUUUACUGAUGAUGAUGAUGAAGUUCCUUUCACAUCGAGGCGUCUGAGCGCGUGCAGAGCCCCUCCCUCCCUGACGCUCACUGAUAUAUAAAGUGGAAAAGGCUCGAGUGUUUCUGUUUGACUGAAGACGUGGAGACAGACACAACUGAGGUGGAUGAAGACAGACAGACAGACAGACAUACAGACAGACAGCUGCUCUGCAGGACAAACUGUCAGCUGUGGUUUGAUUCCUGCUCUGCACGCCGCUUUGUCCAGCUGCUGAUGUCCACCUCUGUCUGUCCUCUGCUGCUUCGUGUCUCUCCUGUCCCUGUUUGCCUGUGUCCUCUUGUCCUCGCAGUCAUGGUCCUCAUCUGAGUCGUUGUGAAUCCCCUCCAUACUGUGUCCCCUGUCCUCAAACUGGAGACUGUGUCCAGCAGACCAGGACCACUAGCUCCGUGGCUAACUGAGCUAACUGUAGCUAUGGCUACAGCCAAAGCUAACUAUUGAUGGUUUCUCUGGUGAUUUGUAUUUGUGGAGCUACCUUUGAAUUCUGCCUAUAGUUAACAGGUUGCUCCUCAGUGCUCUCUUGUGGGAUUUCUGACCCCACAAACUGUCCUUGCAGGCACUUUGAAAGCCUCUCGUGUCUUUUCCUUCAGACUGAAGCUGUGAGCAGACAUGAAGCUCAGCGUGUUGGUGUGGGCCGCAGCUCUGCUUGCUGCCUUCCUGCCCGGCCCUGCUGAUGGUCGACCCGUCGACGCUCCGACCAGCCACCGCCUGCUCCUCCCCCGACCGCUGCUCUUCCACCUGGGGGAGGAGUUCUCACUCAGACUGGGUGGAGGCGGAGGAUCCUCCGCUGUUGCAGCUGCUCCAGACCUGCUCUCUUCAUCAUCCUCCUCAUCUUCAUCAGCAGCAGUGAACUGGGCUCUGCUGCAGCUCACACAGCGCCUCCUGCAGGCCGGAGCGGAGCAGCAGGACGAGGUGGAGGAUGCUGAGGAGAAGGGGAAGAGGUCCGAAGAGCCUCCCAUCUCUUUGGACCUUACUUUCCACCUGCUCAGGGAGGUCCUGGAGAUGGCCCGAGCCGAGCAGAUCGCCCAGCAGGCCGACAGCAACCGUAAGAUGAUGGACACGUUCGGAAAAUGAUUCAGAUUCACAAAGCUUUCACUUCCUGUCAAGUAUUAAAUCAUUUUAUCCUCCGACAGAGUCAGUGUGAUGUUACAACCACAAACGUUCUGAAACUUCAACUGCUUUCAACUACUUUUAGUGCUUCGACACGGACGAAUUUUUAAUCUGUGGAAGACGCGGGUUAUUUAUUCAUCAAACCAGUGAUAAAUAAAAGCUACAAUUAAUGAAUCAAUAAAAAAUCAAAUGUUUGGGUCAAACCCAUACCAAUUAAAUUUAUUCAUGUCUACAGUUCCUCUGUGUAGAAACUAACAAAUUAUAAAAACAUUAUCAUUAUGACAUUAUUGUUAUAAUUAACUGUAUAGAAGACAAUGUGAUAUUUGAUAUCUGAGAUAUGAGAAAUGACUGGGGAAAAGGAUUUAUGAUAUUUUCACACUUUUGACAGUUGAACCUGUCAGUAAAAUCAGAUUUGAUUGGUCAGAUGUUUGGAUGUUUGUCUUGUGACUGAUGGUUUGAUGCUCUGAAUCUUUUGUUGGUGCAAGAAUCGCAUUUUGUAUUUCCAAUAAAAGUGUUGAAGGUCACUCUCAGCCUCAGAGCAGCUUCUAGGCCACCGUACUUUACUCUGAGUCAAUCAGAGAACAAAGAAUAAAAACAACUGAUGUGAAUGUUGUGUUUGCACCUUUAGAUAAAUUCAACACACUAACACCACUGUCAGUGUCCUGAAGCAACACUACAGGCU